UUUGAUUUAGUGACUGGGUGUUUUAUGGCCCUGAAAAGGGCCGGUGCUGUUUCGUAGCGUCGAGACGAUGGAUCGAGGCCGAGACCGUGUGCGUGGUGCCGUUGGUGGUGGUCUGUGAUCAAGUAAACCGUUGGCAGAGGUCAGGGAGCGUUGACGGUUACGCGACAACUUUAUAAAAUGGCGUCUUUUUCUUUGAGUCAUUGUUCUUUCCUGUUUCGUCGAGUUUAAAAGUUCAAAACAUUAUUAGCAACGCACUUUAGUUUUACGAUUAUAGUCUAGUGGCUUAGCAGAAUCCUUGUGAGGUAGAAAUAAGCCUAAAACAAUAAUAAGUGAAUAACAGUUGCUCUUUUGGCGAAAAAAAUCGAAGAGGCUUAACUAUUAGCAGUUUUACUUGGAAAAAAGGGUAAAGAAACACAACCGGAUACCAUUUUGUUCGGUUCUUUUGAUUAGCUGGCCAGUUCUCCAAAAUUGUCUCCCGUCUUUGAGGUUCUAACAGAUCCAUUACGAUAAAUUGUAAAGCCUAGUACGCACUGGGAUUCUUCGUUCGGAUUUUUUGUCGCGGAGCUGCGUCUGGGAUUCAUUUUCUUGCAUGAAUCAUGAAUCAGGUGUGUUGUCUUUUAGUAUGGUUAGGUUAGAAUGGUUUCAAUUGAAGUUGGAUGGUUUGAAUCCCACAUUUUAAUGUUGUGCAACACGAUUUCUGGAGCGAUAAUGAUGCAUGCCAAUGAGUCUGAGACAUGUAUCCGAGAAUCUGCAACAAAGAGUCUGAACAAUGAAUCCCAGUGUGUACUAGAAUUAAAGCGGAAUUUAGAUCAUCUUUUUUAAAAAUGGGCCCCGGUUCCAAAACAAAGCGCAGCAGUAAAAUAAAGCCAACUCAAACCAGAAGGGUGCAGAAAGUGGUACCUAAAAAUCGGGUAUUAAGUGAUUCAAGCGCAAGUUACAACUGCCAUCUUUUGGCAAACGCAGCUAGAAAAUCGUGCGCUAAGUUAAAAUAUAUUAAGGCAAGGAUGCUUGCCUCGUCCAAAUCGGAUGUGAAAAUCAAAUAUCCUUUACUGCCGAAAACAAUGAUUGAUUUUAUCGAUGAUGAUGAGGACGAUAAGGAAGUGAAUGAUAUGAUUUAUAGACCGCUGAAUGUUCAACCAAGUAAAACAGCAAAGUUUAGGGAUAAGGAUGAAAGUACAUUAAAUCAAGCAGAGAAUUUAAUGGAAGAUAUAGAAAAAUCUACACCGACAGUAAAGCUCGAGGUCCCAAGAUGUGAGGAGAACAAGUCAACAUAUCCACUGAAAAUUGAGCUGACUGAAAAAGAAAAGCCCUUAAUUCCCGAGAAUGCUUCGACACCAUUAAAAUGCAGUUUAAAUCCUUCUGUGUCAAUACAUACUGUAGAAACGAGUUCAACUUCUAAAGUUGUGUAUAGCAGCCCAAGAGAAUUGUUCUCAACAAAAUUAUCUUCUGCCACUUAUAAACCGCCACCAACACACUCUUGUUGUAUGACUGUUUCAUGGACGAUUCAAGGGACCUCACCAUUGGUUUUGUUAUGCAAUGUGUGCAAGACUCGGCGGAUGUUUGAAUUUGAAGGGAAACAAAGUAUAGCUGGACAACCAUGUCACUUGCAGGAUAUUUCCAAGCAUACACCUAAGGAUGCAUCAUCCUUACCUUUAAAAGGUUUAACGGCCAUUGAAUAUGAUCCGUUGCCGUUUACAUCAGAAAUUGCUGCACAAAAAAGUUCAAAUGAGCUGUUGCAACCGAAUAUGAUCAAGUGCCAUGAAUGUCACCUGCACAUUUGCCGGAACAGACCACAAGCAGGCGCCCAGCCGGAAAUGUACAUAAAAGAACCAAUAUUCUUUUUCGAGGGAUGGAAAGUUGAAAGGGUUGUAGGGUUGAACGGGUCCAACCGUACAAUCUUAAUAAAACAAAGGGACAGGAGACGAAAAUGGAAUCAUGCCCUGGGCAUUGUAAAUUGUAUUGACGAAACACUCAAGUUGCAAGAUAAGAACAAAAAGCCCGAUCAGAUUUAUCUGGUUGUCAAUGGCAACAAAGUAAUAGGAGUUGUAGCUUGUGUCAGCAUCACAGAAGCGUACAGAAUUGCAGAUUUUGGUGUAGACAAUGUCUAUUCUCAGGAAACUUAUUCUGCUUUGUGUGGGAUCUCUAGUAUCUGGGUCGAUAGAGGAUUCAGGAGGCAAGGGAUUGCAUCACAACUCCUUGAAGCAGUCAGGAGGAAUUAUUUAUCGGAUGUCGUGCUGAAAAGGGACCAGAUAGCUUUUUCACCACUCACUGCCGAUGGGAAGCGAUUUGCUCAAAAAUAUUGUAGACGAAAAGAUUUCCUUGUUUACAUAUGACCUUUUUCUUCUUCUUGUUGCAAACUAGUUCUAUAUAUUUUGUAUUGUUAUUUGUCCUUUCUAAUUCGUUCAUAGAAUGAUGUUUUGUGUAAAAUUGUAUUUUCAAUGAAAUCUCAAAGAAUUAUAUUAUUUUAAACGAU